CCGGCCGAAUGAUUAAAAUCCGUAUCGCACGGAGGGAUCCGACGCCGCCGCCGCGACUCGGUACGAUAUCGCUGUAUUAGCAGUAUGUGUACGGCUUUUCUUGCUCAGUUGCCUCUUCCGCCGGCAGCGCCCCCAUUUGUGUCCGCGACGUCGCCGCCGCCAAAUCGUUUUUUCGCGUUUUGUCGUGAGCGUGACAUUAUUUUCUGAUUUGGUCAUCGCGACAGUUGUCGUUUCAUCGGUAAAAUACUUAAAUUAGGCGCACGUCGGUWCCGCGAAUAGGCGUGAACGUUCUAUUCGCCGUCCGGCCCGUUAGACUUCGGGACGUCCAGCCCGGUGGUGCCCAGUCGAGCGCACUCCGUCACUAAGGAAAAUUCCGUCAUCGUGUAAUGAACGUGGUCGUCCAGUCAUAGKGGUUGUACGUCGUUACAGUUAAUAAAAUCAAGUUAUGGACGAAUCCAAAGGAAUAACCCACAAUGGGACAACACUUCUUACCCAACAAAAUAGAAAACAACAUCAUCAAGCAAUUGUAUGGCGAAAUGUCAUGUUGUUUGGUUACCUUCAUUUGGCUGCAUUGUAUGGUGUGUUACUAAUGUUUACCUCCGCUAAAAUUGCCACAACUAUUUUUGCAAUAUUGAUGUACCAAGUAUCUUCAAUCGGCAUUACAGCUGGAGCUCAUAGACUUUGGUCUCAUCGGGCAUAUAAAGCCAAAUGGCCACUGCGUGUGAUAUUAAUUAUAUUCAAUACAAUAGCCUUUCAGAACCAUGUGUAUGAAUGGGCUCGUGACCAUAGACUACACCACAAGUACAGUGAAACAAAUGCAGACCCGCAUAAUGCCAACAGAGGAUUUUUUUUUUCACACGUUGGUUGGUUGUUAUGUCGAAAACAUCCAGACAUUAUGGAAAAAGGACGUGGUAUUGAUAUGUCCGAUUUACUAGCUGAUCCAAUCGUUUCCUUCCAAAAAAAGUAUUACAAGUUCCUAAUGCCAUUAUUGUGUUUCAUAUUACCUACAAUACUACCGGUGUAUUGUUGGGGUGAAAGUUGGGUAAAUUCUUGGUUUGUUGCCACUAUGUUUCGAUACACUUUCUCUCUUAAUGUCACAUGGUUAGUAAAUAGUGCUGCACAUAUGUGGGGUGGAAGACCAUAUGACAGGUUCAUAAAUCCUUCUGAAAACAUAACUGUAGCUUUAUUAGCUUUGGGAGAGGGUUGGCAUAACUACCACCAUGUAUUUCCGUGGGAUUACAAGGCGGCAGAAUUAGGUGAUUACAAACUCAAUAUGACAACUGCRUUCAUUGAUUUCUUUGCUAAAAUUGGAUGGGCAUAUGACCUGAAGACUGUGUCAGUUGAUACUGUACGUAAACGUGUGGAACGUACUGGCAUAAAUGGUCACGGAGAUACUCAAUCAUCGUGGGGUUGGGAUGACAAAGACUUACCACAAUCAGAUCGUGAAGCUGCCACAAUAAUUAACAAGCAAGGAUGAAUGAAUUAAACCAAAGCAUAUAAUUUAAGUUUGUAUUAUGUAUCAGUUCACUGUAUUCUGAGUGCCGUGUGCAUUAUGUUGUAUAUAUUAAUAUUAUGUUUACCAUAAUUAAAGUUUAUUUGUUUAAAAUCAG